GGAAGCGGGUGACUGGAGAGGAGAAGAUGGCAAAAGGGGGCGGCGGCGGCGCGGGGGGCGCGGUGGAGGAAGCGCCUGCUCGAGCGGCAUCUGGGAAGCUUUAGUUAGGAUGUCUCUCUCCCCGAAGAUGUUGCCGUGCAAGAAGAGGAGAGCCAUCCUGGCGGAUUCCUUGGAGGUGGAGACGGGCCCCUCUUCAGACGCGCAGUCUGUUAAAAUGGAGACGACGUCUUCAAGCGGGCUUCACCAGCUCCAGGACUUGGUGCAGCAAGACGAGGGGGCCGAGUUGACCGAAAGGAGGGCUCCGCUCAGCCCGUCAGCUGGAAGAUCGGCCUGUUCAUCAGCACCGACUUUGCCAGAACCUGUCGGGGAAUUGUCUGUCUUGGAAGUGUCUGGCACUGGAAUAGCAAAGGGAGUUGCACUUCCAUCUAGAAAUGCAGCUCAGAUGGGCUGGAGGGAAUCGGUAGAAGCUUCUUUGAAAGGUGGGAAGAAGAUCUUUUCUAGGCCAGGGUCAGAUGCCUGUCAGCAGAAAGCUGAGUCAAGUCAGGAUUCGAAGCCAGCGCCUGACUUUGUCAUGGAUAAGGAGCAGAAACUGGACUGUGAAGCUGGUGGUCUUUCACCCAAGCCGGGGACUGAAUGUGAGAUGGCAGGUGCUGCUGCCUCUGAUGCGAAGGCCUCGAAGAUCACGCAGGGCAGUGAGUUGCUUCUAGAAGCUGAGGAAGAAGCUGAGGAGACAGGGCUGUUUAUCCCAGUGGAAGAGCAAGAAGAAGGAGGGAAGAGGAAGAAGAGGCGGGCUACUAAACGGAAACGGGAAGGGAAAGGCCAGGAGGAGGAAGAGGAGGGGAAAGUUCCCUUGUCUUGCGACCUCAAGCUGGAUGACGCCCUGGACCGGACUCUGGAGGAUGGGGCGAAACAGCACAACUUGACAGCUGUCAACGUGCGGAACAUCCUCCACGAAGUGAUCACGAACGAGCACGUUGUAGCCAUGAUGAAAGCGGCUAUCAGUGAGACCGAGGACAUGCCCAUGUUUGAGCCGAAAAUGACUCGCUCCAAACUAAAGGAAGUGGUGGAGAAAGGAGUGGUAAUCCCCACAUGGAAUAUUUCUCCAAUCAAGAAGGCGAAUGAAAUUAAGCCCCCCCAAUUUGUGGACAUUCCUCUUGAGGAAGAUGAUUCCUCUGAUGAAGAGUACCAGCCAGAGGAGGAGGAAGAGGAUGAGACAGCAGAGGAGAGCUUGUUGGAGAGCGAUGUGGAAAGCGCCACCUCCUCUCCUCAUGGGGCCAAACGGUCCCGAACGAGACAGUCGUCUGAUGUGAUGGAAGCGGACGAGGAGGGAGGCACGCCUUCCGAGGCGGAGAAAGCCUCUGUACCCCCCCUUCAGCGGCACAUCAGUGCUGAGGUUGUACCGAUGGGGCCCCCGCCGCCCCCCAAGCCUAAGCAGACCAAGGACACCACCUUCAUGGAGAAGCUACACGCGGUGGACGAGGAACUGGCCUCCAGCCCUGUCUGCAUGGACUCCUUCCAGCCUCUAGAAGACAGCUUGAUCGCCUUCCGCACCCGCUCAAAGAGGCCCCUGAAGGAUGUGCCCCUUGGCCAGCUAGAGGCGGAGCUCCAGGCCCCGGAUAUUACCCCUGAUAUGUAUGACCCGAACACGGCGGAUGAUGAAGAGUGGAAGAGGUGGCUCGGUGGCCUCAUGAACGAUGAUGUGGGAAACGAAGAUGAGGCGGAUGAUGACGACGACCCUGAAUACAACUUCCUGGAAGACCUGGAUGAGCCGGAUACAGAGGAUUUCAGGAAUGACCGCGCAGUGAGGAUCACAAAGAAGGAGGUGAAUGAGCUGAUGGAGGAACUUUUUGAGACGUUUCAGGAUGAGAUGGGUUUCUCCAACGUGGAGGAUGAGGGGCCGGAGGAUGAAGAUAGCGCUGCGGAGGGUCGGCCAAACUUUAACACUCCCCAGGUGCUCAGAUUUGAAGAGCCCCUGGCCAACCUGCUGAAUGAACAGCACCGGACGGUGAAGGAGCAGCUGGAGCAACUGCGCAUGAAGAAGUCGGCCGGCAAGCUGCCCCUGGAGGCGGAGACAGUGAAGCCACCACACAAGAAGCCCCCAGUCCUGACCCUGGACGUCAGGCAGAGGAAGCGGCUCCAGCAUCAGAUGCAGCAGCACGUGCAGCUUCUGACCCAGAUCCACCUCCUCUGCAGCUCCAACCCCAGCCUGAGCUCCGAGGCCAGCACCACCCGGCUUUUUCUGGCCGAGUUGAACGCGUUUGCCCAAAGCUCUGCGCUCCUCCAUCCGCUCAGCCCCAAGUUCCAGAGCACAUUCCAACCGUGCAACUUGAAGGAAGCUCUGCAGCUCAUUGAGGACUUCCACGCUGACGUCAAGGUGGAGUGGAGCCCUCGCAAAGUCGUUAAAAAGAACGCCCAAGACUUUCAGUGCUUGCCGAAGCCAGUGGCGUGGAUCUUGGCCACGAGACGAGUCUUCAUGUAUCCACAGUUGCUGCCUGUCUGCUCCUUGAAGGCCAAAACGCCCCGUGACAAGAUCAUCUUCACGGAAGGGGAGGACAACUUAGUAGCUUUGGGACUGAAGCAUUUUGAUGGGACAGAGUUCCCGAAGCCCCUGAUCAGCAAGUACCUCUUGACGACCAAGACUGCCCACCAGCUGACGGUGCAUAUCAAGAACCUCACCAUGAACCGAGCCCCUGACAACAUAAUAAAAUACUACAAGAAGACGAAGCAGCUGCCCGUUCUGUUUCAGCUUUGCGAAGAGAUCCAGCCCGGCGCAUGGAAGCCUCCCGUGGAGAGAGAGGAGCAUCUCCUGCCUGCCUGGCUGAAGGACAGCUUGCCUUACAUCCAAGAAGCGCUGGAGCAGCGUGCCGAAGAACCACCAGCUGAUUUCUCCCGCUCAGAAUCCAAACUUGGCCCAGCUGGGAAGGAGCCUGCCGAGCAGACAAGUGAUGCCAAGUGCCCCCUGCGCGCGCCCAAGGGCUUGGAACUGAUCUUGAGGCCGCUCCCCAGCCAUUUCUACAAGAAAGCCUGGAGGCGGCAGCGGCCUGUUGCAGCAGAGCCUCUCCCUGUCCGGACGGGGGGGGCCAAUAGCUGCCUGAAAGCGACCACGAAACAGCCCCAGCCAGAAGCCCCUCCCAGCAAAAUUGCGGCCCGUGUCCCCCGCUGGAUUCAGCCUGCCCCAGUGGUCCAGCCUCUGCCCAGGAUACAGCACUUGAGCCUGCAGCCCGCUGUGGCUAACGGGGGUGGGUUUGAGCUCCGGGGCCUGCUCUCGGCUCAGCAUGCCGGUGCCAGAGCCUGCUUGGCCACUGCUGUGCCCCAGAACUUGAUCUCCUCCGUGCCCGUAACCUUUCAGCCCAAAAUGAUGCUCCCAGUGCUGCCAGUGUCCAAAAUCUGGAAACCCAGCUCCCCAAGGAAAUACCAGAAGAAGAAGGGCCCCAAGCCUGCUUCGCUGCUCCCCUCGGCUCCCGUUGUCUUCACCGUUCCUGCCACUGCUGUGAAAACGGUCAGCCUCGCCAACGGUUGCAACGUGUUGCAGCCCUUGGCAACUACCACAGGUGGCACCGCACAGCCCAUUCCCAUCACCACCCUGCUGGUGAACCCUGCUCCCUUCCCGUGCCCGCUAAGCCAGCCACUCACUACUUCUCCAUCCCCUUCUUUGGUGGUCCCUUCAAACCCGACCGGCUUUGCUGCUACCGGAGCUGCCAAAGAAGCUGAAUUUGUAAGCCUGUCUGCUGCAAGUAGUGAAAGCAGAUGUCCUGUUACGGAUCCCCAGAUAGAGCCACAGGAGCCGUCUUUGUGUACGACGACGUCAGCCAAGGAGGAUUGCAGGCCGCAACCUGCUGAGGCUGUGGGCCAGGUGGUGGCUUCUGUACAGGCUUGUGUGGAAAUGGCAGAGGAGAAAGCUGCAGAGCUGCCUGCCCAGGGCCCCUUCUCCCCUUUAACAGAGUUAGCAGAGAGAACAAAGGCCGAAUCUGAAGAAUUCUGCAGUGCCCCGCCGGAAGCAGCUCCAGUUCCAGAGGAGCCAGUCUCUGUGGGAGUCCUGGUAAAAGAGGAACUGGUGCUGGGUCUUGGCCAGGAACUGGACGUGGAGCCCACACCGGAGGGUGCGAGCGAGCAAAAGGACACAAAGAAUGAGCAGAGUUCCCCUGAGACUGAGGGGCAGUGCCUGGGAGGUGUGGCUGCCGGGACAGAAGGGAGUUCCCCCAAGAAUGUCUCCAAUGUGGCAGCUCCCGAGGCAGAGUCCAGUAGCCCCCCUGCGAAGCCAGAGGAGUUGUCCCGUGCAAAUGGCCACACUGCAGGGGUACCAGCUGGCCGCGAGGCAUCAGGUGAGAAGGAUGGUCCAGAUGAGGACGAGGAGGAGGACUUUGAUGAUUUCACGCAAGACGAGGAAGACGAGGAAAUGUCAUCAGCGUCAGAGGAAUCCGUGCUGUCUGUGCCGGAGCUUCAGGAGACCAUGGAGAAACUGACGUGGCUGGCAUCCGAGAGGCGCCUGAGCCAAGAAGGGGACUCGGAAGAGGAGAAUUCGCAGGAGGAGAACUCCGAGCCGGAGGAGGAGGAGGAGGAGGAGGAAGAAGGGGAAGGGGAGAACCUGGAGAGCAUGCAGAAGGAGGAUGAAAUGACAGAUGAGGUGGUGGGUCCUGGGGACAGGCCGGCGUCGUCUCUCACCCUGACUUCUGCUGCCCCUGAAGUGGAACCCAGGAGGACCCCACCAGGAGAGUGCGCCAAAGCACCUGGGAAAAACCGGGGCUCCCACAGAGCCCGGGCCAAGAGGGGCCGGACUCGGGCCAGCAAAGACACCUCCAAGCUGCGGCUGCUGUACGAUGAAGACAUUCUGGAAAGGGACCCGCUGCGGGAGCAGAAGGACUUGGCCUUUGCACAGGCGUACCUAAGCAGGGUCCGUGAAGCCUUGCGCCACAUCCCGGGCAAGUAUGAUGAGUUCCUGCGCAUCAUCUAUGAGUUUGAGAGCAACACCCAGAAACAGACGGCUGUGGACCUCUACGCCCGCCUGCGCAACCUGCUGCGGGAUUGGCCGCAGCUGCUCACUGACUUCGCUGCUUUCCUCUUGCCCGAGCAAGCCCUGGAGUGUGGACUGUUUGAAGAACAGCAGGCUUUUGAAAAGAGCCGGAAGUUCCUGCGGCAGUUGGAAAUCUGCUUUGCCGAAAACCCUUCCCAUCACCAAAAGAUCAUCAAAGUGCUGCAGAGCUGUGCCGAGUGUUUGCCCCAGGAGAUCAUCGAGCUGAAGACCCAGAUGUGGCAGCUGUUGAAAGGGCACGACCACCUGCAGGAUGAGUUCUCUGUCUUCUUUGACCACUUGCGCCCAUCAGCCAGCCGCAUGGGAGACUUCGAGGAGAUCAGCUGGACAGAGGAGAAAGAAUAUGAGUUUGAUGGAUUUGAAGAAGUGUCAUUGCCAGACGUUGAAGAGGACGAGGAACCCCCCAAAAUCCACGCGUCCUCAAAAAAUAAGAAGCGGAAGGAGCUCGGAGGCCAGAACACUGACAAGGAGGCGGAGUGGGCAGAGGGGGCAAAGGAAUGCUCUUGUGCCUGCCACGAGGGGAACAGCGAUGCCAGGUUGAAGAGGAGCAAGCGGAAGAGCUGCAGUCACUGCAGCAACAAGGCAGGAGACAGCAAGUCUUACAAGCCCCCAGACAGUCUUGCGCAGCGAGAACUGAGCCCUCGCCCUGAAGGGAAGGAGCCUGCGGAGGAUAACCUGGAGCACAAAGACGAUGGGGAGGUUCUCCAGAGCAGGAUGAGGACAGCUGCCAAGAGGGUGGACUCUGCAGUAGCAGGUUCCCACACGGAUGGGAAGCUGACGUCGUGUGGUGAAGCCUCUAUAGAGGGGGAUGCACCACUGGGUGGCAGGACUGUAGAACUGUGCUCUGUGCAGGGACCUCAUUGCCCCAGGAAAGCAACCGUGGCUGAUGUUGCGACGCAACCCCCUGCUACCACUGCAGCAUCUUCCGUGCAGGUGCAACGGAUUGCAGCUCCGAAACAGCGGCCCAAAGGGGGCUCUUGCUCUGUGGGUGGGGAGAGCGAGGCAGGGCGAGGCCCGAGGGGUGCAGAGGCUUCCUGUGGACUUAGCAAAGACCUCUCAGGGCCUGAGUCGUCUUCAGGGAUAGCAGGUAAGGGCCCUGGUCCUCCUCUGGCAAAGGGUUUGCCUCAGAAACCUGCUGUUCAGCCCAGCCUCUUGGCAGAGCCCUCCAUGGCUCUUAGUCUCAAGGAAAAGGAGGGGGAGAGGCUGGCCAGUUCUGCAGACUCGAAACCGAACGGACGGGAAACGGAGGGGUCACCCCCCAAAGACUCUGGGCUGAAGGUAGCAGCAGGAAAGAGCUGUCGCUUGCCUACUUGCACAGAACCCUCUGGCGCUUGCCACCCACAGGCUCCUGUGGCUAGUGAUCAAAAGGCAAAGGCCACGGGGGCAACGGGCGAAAGCGACUGUUCACGGGAGCAGCAGCAGCAGCAAGCAGAGAGAGGCACAGAGCGUGCUUUGUCGCGCCUGUCCAGGCCAAGGGGAGAAGAGCUGCAGCAGAGAGCAACGGAAGCCAUGGUCUGUGCCAAGAACAUCAAGGUCAGCUCCACAGGGGAGAAGGUCGUCCUCUGGACCAGGGAGGCUGACCGUGUCAUCCUGACCACCUGCCAAGAACGAGGUGCUCAACAGGACACGUUCAGCGCCAUCUCACAGCAGCUGAACAACAAAACGGCAGAGGAAGUGGCCCACCGGUUCAGGGAGCUGAUGGCGUUGUUUCACACAGCCUGCGAUGUCAGCUCGGAAGAUGAAGACGAUGCAACCAGCACCAGCAACACUGACCAGCUCUCGGACAAAGACCCAGUUCUCUCUGAAGAAGAGCAGGAGGAAUAAGGCUGCUGGGCAAGAAAAACAAGCGUCGCUGCCCCAGGCCGUGCUUUGGGAAGGCGAUCUUGUUCGCUGCAGUGACGUGCUCCACUCUGGGGAAUGUUGCCGGCUCACUCGCCCCCUCCGAGUUGCAGCAGGUUUCCCCUGCAACUUGGUUAGAGUAACUGGCUGCUGCCUGCCCCACCCUCCAGUACCCUACUGCGGCUGCCUUCAAAGGAUCGUUGCACAUGAAAGAGGGGAUUGACUGUGGAGUGGAAAUCUGCAGAGUUGCACUUAUUCUUGGACAGCACAUGAUGUAAAUAUCUUAAGAGUAGGAACUGUGUACAUUCUCUCCUGUGCCUCUUCUGUAUGAAUAUUUAUUGUGCAGUUUAAUAUUAAUUAAUAAAGCCAUUCAUUUGGA